UCCUCCCCCCUUUUUAUUUUUUUGUAUAUUUCCGCUAUAUCGAAAUGUUAUGAUAUAAACGUGAUGCUAGUCCAACCCCAAAUGAGCAUGAUAGGUAGCCCAGUUUUCCCGCCCAAGGAGUGGCCAGAACAUUGGUUGAGCCUUUUUUUUUUCCUUCCAAAUUUGAACUACCAUAAAUAUCCCUUCGUCUUGAAAAACCGCCCUGUCCGACGUGAUCCUCAUCACUGAAGCCAUGGCCUCACAGAGAGAACUUGUUCUUCUGAUGGCACAGCUGGUUGGUUUCAUGGUGCAGAGCACGAUGAUACUGUGCCAGGCACACCUGCGAUCCCUUCGCUGGAGGAGAAGAGCGGCUGCAAGACUGUUCCUUUCCUCAGAAAAACCUGCCGUAUCUGUCAGCUGCAGUGGGAAGCGAAGAAGGAGGAGGAUCCGCGAACGUUGGCAUGCCCUAGCCAGCAUGAAGGUUCCCAGAAGAUUUUGGGCAUAUGAUCGCAGUCGGGAUUGGUGGGAAAGAAUCGUUCUAACCACUUGGGACGACGGCCAGUGGCUAGAGUGUUUCCGCAUGGACAGGGAAACUUUCAUGGACCUGGUCAGCGUCCUCCGCCGUAGACUGGAGCGUCAGCGCACAAACAUGAGGGAACCUGUGUCGGCGGAGCAGCGCGUUGCGGUGACACUUUGGUUUUUGGCAACUGGUGCGUGUUACCGCGUGGCUGGGGAUCAAUUCGGUAUGGGAGCAUCCACGGUUGCAACCACCGUUUUGGAGGUCUGUGAAGCAAUGGAAGUGGAACUUCUCUCAAAGACUGUUUGCCUGGGAUCGGAGGUCGGCAAGAUAAUGGAUGGAUUCGCUGCACUGGGUUUCCCUCACUGCAUAGGGGCCAUCGAUGGAACCCACAUUCCGAUCAGUGCACCUGGCAGCAGCCCCGAGCAAUAUGGGAACAGGAAAAUGUUCUCAUCUAUGUUGCUGCAGGGAACCGUGGACCAUACCGGUCGAUUCAUGGACGUGGAAAUCGGUUGGAGUGGCAAGAACCAUGAUGCGUUUGUAUUCAAAAACUCUUGCAUUUGUGCAGCCAUGGACACAGGAACUUUUGUCCCAGGAAACCCAACGUUGAACUUGAACGGGGUUUCUGUCCCACCCAUAAUACUCUCUGAUGGUGCAUAUCCCAUGCGCCCAUGGCUGAUGAAGCCCUAUGGAAAGCUUGCUGUCUCCCGAAGAGAGCAUCAUUUUGACCGUUGCCUCUCGAGAUCCAGGAACCAGAUGGAAAAGAGUUUUGGCCGAUUGAAGGGGCGCUGGCAAUGUCUUCUUCACAGACUCAAGGCCAGGGAGGAGAACCUGGUUACAAUUAUAACAGCAUGCGUGAUCCUCCACAACAUAUGCGAGGCAAGGGGACAGCAGUUCCUUGGGGAAUUGAGAGAUCCCUCGCCCGUCAUGCUGCCUGAAGAAGGGGUUGAAUCGCUGGACAACAACCAGACUUUACUGGAGGGAGGGAAGUUGGUUAGAGAUGCUCUGGCUGCAUUUAUGGAGUCGCAGAUGAGGCGCCAGUAGCACACGAAAGGAUGAAUCAUGCUUGAACAAGAAACCUGUGUGUAUGUACUUGCUUCUUCAUACAUGUUAAUACGUUUCCUUUGAAUUUUAAAGCUGCCACUUGUACUGUAUUUCUGUGUUCACUAUCUUUUAUUUCCUUGCAAUGGAGCAUUUUUUUUAUGAGCACAUGUCAUGACUCCCAACGUGUAUGUUGUCAGCGAGGGGCAGGGUUCGGGAAAAUAGAUGCAACGGUUGAGCAGUUGGUUUGGGUGGUAUUGGGGAGGAAAGAUCACGAAAGACAUCGGAUGGGAAAUUGACUGGUGGAUGAAGCAUGGUGGUAAUCUCUGCAUGGGAUGUGAAAAAUCACAGCCACUGAUCAAAGCGGCAGACUCUCAGGAUCAAACCGCGCACCUCGUACUGAAACUGCAGUGAGGUGUGGAGCUCUCAACGUGGUCAUUUCCAAAAAUAAAAUUAACUCUUUGUCCUGAGCCUGGUUGAAAUUGUGGCUCUUCUGUCCAAACUAGCACAAGUUUUACUGGUUCACCCCGGCGCAAUGCGAAUUGCGACCUGGCAAACAGGAGCGACUAUGUAAUGUCAGCAUAUCUGCGGAACAGCGGGGCAUGAAUUUCUGGUUAUUUAACAGUGUGUCUCGUGGCAUAUGUGGAUGUACCUUCCGAGUAAGCCUAGCGGCAGUCGGCAAAAAGUGUUAAAUGAAUCCACACAUUUCUACGUGCAGGAACAGGAGAAAGGAAUUACUCACUGCACUCCUAAACGGAAGCCAGGGACACGCUCCAGUCAGGAAGGGAA